AUUUGGUAGGGAAGCGAGAGAUCAAAAAAUGAAGGGAGGAGAGACGAUGUCAGUACGGAGGAGCGGGUACAAGGCGGUGGUUGACGGAGUUGGUGGACGGCGGCGAAGAGAGGAUGAUAUGGUUGAGAUCCGCAAAGCUAAGAGAGAAGAGAGCUUGCUUAAGAAGCGUCGGGAGGCUCUUCCUCAUUCUCCUUCCGCUGAUUCUCUUGACCAGAAGUUGAUAAGCUGUAUUUGGUCUGACAAGAGGGAUCUGUUGAUUGAGGCUACUACUCAGAUCAGAACGUUACUUUGUGGUGAAACAUUUAACGUACGUGUUGAAGAAGUUAUACAGGCCGGUUUGGUUCCACGAUUUGUGGAGUUCCUAACAUGGGAUGACUUCCCCCAGCUUCAGUUUGAAGCGGCUUGGGCUUUAACAAAUAUUGCAUCUGGAACAUCUGAGAAUACUGAAGUGGUGAUUGAUCAUGGAGCUGUUGCAAUACUAGUGAGACUUCUCAACUCGCCAUAUGAUGGGGUCCGUGAGCAGGUUGUUUGGGCAUUAGGAAAUAUUUCUGGAGACUCUCCGAGAUGCCGUGAUAUAGUCCUUGGACAUGGAGCUCUACCUUCUCUGCUGUUGCAGUUAAACCAUGGAGCCAAACUUUCUAUGCUUGUAAACGCCGCUUGGACUUUAUCUAAUCUUUGCAGAGGAAAACCUCAGCCUCCAUUUGAUCAGGUGAGUGCUGCAUUACCAGCUCUUGCACAACUCAUUCGGUUAGAUGACAAGGAACUCUUGGCUUACACGUGUUGGGCGCUGGUGUAUCUUUCUGAUGGUUCAAAUGAAAAAAUACAAGCCGUGAUUGAAACCAAUGUUUGUGCACGACUUAUUGGUCUUUCGGUCCACCGUUCGCCUUCAGUUAUCACUCCCGCUCUUCGCACUAUUGGAAAUAUUGUAACUGGAAACGAUAGUCAAACUCAGCAUAUAAUUGAUCUUCAAGCGCUCCCAUGCUUGUUAAAUCUUCUAAGGGGAUCCUAUAACAAGACCAUCAGGAAGGAAGCUUGUUGGGCAGUCUCUAAUAUCACAGCUGGUUGUCAGUCACAGAUUCAGGCUGUUUUUGAUGCUGAUAUAUGUCCUGCACUUGUUAAUCUGCUCCAAAACUCUGAGCACGACGUCAAGAAGGAAGCUGCCUGGGCUAUCUGCAACGCCAUAGCUGGAGGCUCUUACAAGCAAAUCAUGUUUCUAGUAAAGCAAGAAUGCAUCAAACCGUUGUGCGAUCUUCUUACAUCCUCAGAUACUCAACUCGUCAUGGUUUAUUUAGAAGCACUCGAGAAAAUACUGAAGGUGGGAGAAGUUUUCAGCUCAAGACACGCUGAAGGUAUUUACCAAUGUCCUCAAACAAAUGUAAACCCACAUGCUCAGCUAAUAGAAGAGGCAGAGGGACUGGAGAAAAUCGAGGGCCUGCAAUCUCAUGAGAACAAUGACAUCUACGAAAUGGCAGUGAAGAUUCUUGAAACAUACUGGAUGGAAGAAGAAGAAGAAGAAGAAGAAGAAGAAGAAGAAGAGCAAGGACAACAAGACAUGAUAUAUUUCCCACUUGACAACUUUGCAAACAUGCCAACACCCUCAGGCACUCUCAGUGAGAUGCACUGCGGACCUUAAGAGGACAAGGGGCGUUGGCAAACAUACACAGCUCAUCUGUUCAUAACACUAACUGAAAAUCAAGGUUAGAGACUAAAUUACUUGCUUUAUUUAGUAAUGACAAUGUUGGUCAGUACGUAGUAGUAGUUUGUAAUCAGGAACAAACUUUACAGUUCUAUCUGAUCCCUUCUCCAUAGAUUCUUAAAAUCAUGGUUAAUUUCUUUACAUGUAAAUAAAUCAUUAUCAACUCG